GGCCAGAAAAACGUGGGCUGAGCUCAUAAUUGGGGUAUUAGUUCUAGACUUAAAAGGCCUGCAAAUAAAUAUCCCAACCGGAUUUUAUUCCUCUCUCCAAUCGCCACAGAAACCCUAGCCGCAGAGCUCACUCAUUCGCGUCAUUCUUUCCGAAGCGCAGAGAUUCCCACACACAGCAACAAUGGCGGAUGUCGAGACCGCGUUGGCGGCGGGGCAGCCGAAGAAGAGGACGUUCAAGAAGUUCAGCUUCAGGGGAGUCGACCUCGAUGCUCUCCUUGAUAUGUCCACUGAUGAGCUCGUCAAGCUCUUCAGUGCCCGUGCCAGAAGAAGGUUCCAGAGAGGUCUUACUAGGAAGCCAAUGGCUCUGAUCAAGAAGCUGCGCAAAGCGAAACGUGAGGCUCCAGCUGGCGAGAAACCUGCACUGGUGAGGACUCACCUUAGGAACAUGAUAAUUGUGCCGGAGAUGAUUGGUAGCGUACUUGGAGUGUACAAUGGCAAAACUUUCAAUCCAGUCGAGAUCAAGCCUGAAAUGAUUGGCCUCUAUCUUGGCGAAUUCUCGAUUUCGUACAAGCCAGUCAGGCACGGGAGACCUGGUAUUGGUGCCACCCACUCUUCAAGAUUCAUUCCUCUCAAAUGAGAAUAUUUGUUCCCAUUUCAAUUUUGCUCCCUCCCUUUCUUGGUUAAUUUAAGUGUCAGAUGUUAUUUCUUGUUAUUACUUUCAGAAUAGACAAACUUGUGUCUGAACCUGUGUUUGGAUAAUUUUAUUUGAUGGAUGUUUAUUUUCAGUAGACUUUUUAUUGUCGUGGUUCACCAGGAAAGCCGACCUCUCUUCUUCGACGUGUGUCUACUAUAUAUCAUAUGAAAGCUUAAACUAAAAGAAA